AUGGGUUUGAAUGCGAUAUUUUUGUUAUUUCUCUCUUCGUUGGCGGCUUGUGAUGCUUUUAAUGUGGAAAAUGAAAUUGAAGCGCGUGGCAAAGGGAAAAAGAUCGCUCUGUAUGUUUACUUCGCCGACCUAGUCGUCAAGAAGAUCUUUAUCCUUAAGCUGAUAUACGCGGUGGUGUUCUGGAUUGUCAUCCACAAAGCCGGCUACUUCCUUUCCUGGUUCAUUGGGUAUCUGAAGGAGCAGAAGAAGAGCCACGCACACCAUGAACACUAUGCACCGCAUUACUAUGGGCACGGGCCUUAUAGGAAAGAGAGUAGACCGUAUGGAAAAGAGAGUGGGCCUUAUAGAAGAGAAAGUCAUGCAAUCUUUUAA